UCUUUCUCUCUUUCUCGCUCAUCAAAAAAAUGUCGGCUUCAUCGCCUUCAUUCCCGUCAAGAAGCCCUAAUGGUCGCCGCCCAAAUUUCUCGUUGUCCCUCAUCACCGGUAAGUAUGUUACUUAUCACCGGUAAGUAUGUUACUUCUCAUCGUUUUCACUCCCCAUCUCUUUCUCAAACCAAUGGAUACACAUAUUGGAGCUUGAAACCUGCAAUCACGAAACCUCGAUGAUUGGACCCAACAAUCGGAUAUCGCAUGUCCACCGUACUCUACUCCAUUGCCAGUUUAAUAAACACACCUCUGAUGAAACCCCCUUCCUCUUCAGGAGGUCCGAUUAAACUUUAUCUAUGUAACAAUUUUUCUGGUGAACUUGGUCAGGUUAAUUGAAAGUCUUAUCGUUAUAUAGAACUUGUAUUGAGAAAUUAGAUGUUCACAUUAGAUCAAAAGACGAAUAAAUUAGAUGUAUAUGUAACAGAGAAAUAGAGGUGAGUUUGCGUUUGAACUUGGUCAGGUUAAUUGGGUUUUGUGGAUUCCGGAUUUGGAACAAGAUAGUAGAUUCCAGGUUGGGUGAUUCAAUGGUAAGGAGAUAUAGAAGCAAAGAUCAGGUUUAUGGGUUAUGUUCUCCGGAGACGAAAACUACCAAGCAUCGUGCUCUACUGCCACACGAGUUAACUCAGUCCUAAUUCCUUAGGCGUUAUAAGCGAUCAUCAAUUAUGUGUGUGUGUGUGUUGGAGAUAGUUGCAGUUUGGCGCGUCAUGUGGACCAUGUUAUUACGGUGCGCGCCAUAUCAUCGGCGCAAAACCCAACCCGAUCAAAAGUCUUCGCCAUUUUCGUCAUCAUUUGCAUCGCCAUAAACGUCUUCUUCUACUUCUUCAACCCACUUCGAACGACACCACUUUCUCAAACCUAUAAAAUUCCUAAUUAGUUUGACUUAUCCUUGCGAUUAAUAUUCCUCCGAGCAAAUUACAAACCCUUUCCGUUGCGAUUAAUCAGACGGCGGAGAAUGGGAUGUUUUGCCAGCAAGAGUGCUGAUUCCAAAUCCAGCCGCCUCUCUAGAUGGCGUGCCACUGGCAUUGUAGCCUUACGCGACGGAAAAUUGAAGUCAUUUCCAGAUGAAGUUCUAGAGCUGGACAAAUCUGUAAGGACACUUGAUCUAACACACAACAAAUUAGUUGAUAUCCCAGAGGAGAUCAGCAAACUAAUCAAUAUGCAGAGGCUGAUUUUAGCAAAUAAUGUACUUGAGCGUCUUCCAAUGAAUCUUGGGAAACUUAAGUCUUUAAAAUUUAUCAUACUUGAUGGAAAUAAACUUACCACAUUGCCAGAUGAAGUGGGCCAAUUGGUGAAACUUGAGCGUUUAUCUAUCUCUAGCAACCUGUUAGCCAGUCUUCCUGAAACCAUUGGAAGCUUGAGGAAUUUGUUGCUACUAAACGUUUCGAAUAAUAAACUAAAGUCUCUUCCAGAAUCUGUUGGGAGCUGCUUUUCUUUAGAAGAGCUACAAGCAAAUGAAAAUUCGAUUGAAGAACUUCCCACUUCGGUUUGCAGUCUGAUUCAUCUGAAGUCACUUUGCUUAGACCAUAACAAUUUAAAACAGAUUCCUCCAAGUUUAUUGAAAGAAUGCAAGGUUCUGCAGAAUAUUUCAUUGCAUGGUAAUCCCAUAUCUAUGGAUCAGUUCCAGCAGAUGGAAGGAUUUGAAGAGUUUGAAGAAAGAAGGAAAAAGAAAUUCGACAAACAAAUAGAUUCAAAUGUGAUGAUCAGUUCUAAAGGUCUUGAUGAGGGCGUUGACCUAUGAAACCAUGGUCAAAUUGGCUUUGAUUUCUUCUAUUUGUGUUUGCUGUAAGUUAUUAUAAAGAGAAUGCUACCUACUGUUGUCUAUAAACUAAAGUGUGGAGUUUAAUAUGGUCAAUUUCUAGGGCUUUUUUUAGAUGUAUGCCCCCUUGUGCUUAGUAAAUAUGAAUAUAACUUGGAUAAGUUGAUCCAAUUUGUUGUAAAUUACCUACGUGACUGUUAUCACAUAUAUAAUUUUAUAUUCAUGUAGAUUGUAAAA